AUGCUUUCGCAUCGCUCGCGGUCGACACCUUGGCAUCCGGGCGGUCGCCGGGGCCGCGGGACGGUGGCGGGCCGCGUAGUCCUCACCGAUGGGGUGAACAUGCUCGGCGGGUGGCUGCUGCUGCCGGAGCGCGAGACCGUGCGCACGGACGCCGGGCACCUGGUCGCGCGGCGGCCAAAGCUCGUGCGCACCGGGCGCAUGGAGCUCUACAUCGGGGGGGUGCUGGUGCACCGCACGGCCCGCGUGCGGCUGGCCCUGAUCGACACCUCGACCGGCAUCCGGCUGAGCGCCCUGGAGGGGGGCACCGGCGGCCGCGCCGAGGAGGGGUCCUGCCCGACGACGGUCUUCGACUCGAAUUGCCCGGGGGCCCAGCUGCCGCCGCCGCCGAAGGACCUGUCGCCGCUGUUCCGGGGCCCGGCCAGCGGCGGGCCCGGGCCCCAUGGCCGGGCGUCGGCCCGGUCGGCCCGGUCUGCCACGCCCGGGGCGGCCGGUCCCCUGGCCGGCAGCCCCACCGGCGCCGGGGCGGGCAUGUCGGCCGCGGCCGGGCCCGGGCCAUCGGUCCCGGCCGGCGCCGGGGGCGGGGCCACCACCCUGGCCGCCCUGAAUGGGCCCCGGCUCCGCCAUGCGCGGUCGUCCCUGAAGCGGUCCUGGCACCUGCACGUGCCACGGCGAUACGACAUGGACAAGGAUGCCCAGGGCGCGGUGGCCCGGUGCGCGCCGGUCAUGGCCCCGCCGCUGGCGCCGGUGCGGCUGGACGCGUCGAACCGCGACCGCAUGGUGUUCGCCGCAUCGCGCGACAUCUACCAAAGCGCCCGCGCCGGCACCGGGCCCGGGAGUGCCAUGUCCCGGGGCCUGAUCGCGGGGGACCCCUUCUCCCGGGCCAUGCCCGGGCCCGGCCAGCCGGGCGGCGGCCCGGAUGCCGGGCUCAUCGGCCCCGGCGGCAGUGGCUUCCAGGCGGCCAUCGAGACGACCGUGGUCGACCGCCUGACCGGGGAGCUCCGCACGCUGGAGCUCAAUUCGCCGGCCUGCGUGGCGGCCAUCAGCAUGGGCCUGCAGGGGCAGGAGCCGGCCGUGCCGCUGCGCAUCGGCACCUGGCCCGAGGCCAUCCCCCUGCCGCUGGAUGUCCUCCGCCGGGCCACCCUGGCCGCCGGCGGCACCCACCUGGAUCCCAACCCCGUGCGGGUGGACAUCAUCAUCACGGUCAAGGACCGGCCGCUGAGUAGCUGGCGCCGGCGGGACACCCGGGCGUCCGGGCUGCCCGGGCCGCCGGGCGCCCGGGCCCCUGGCGCCCCGAAGGUCGGCCCCCAGGUGGUGCCGCUGCUGGGGGACGACGGGGCCCCGGUCCCCGGCCGCCAGGUGGCCGGGUCCGGGGCCGCGCUCUUCCGCCAGCCGCAAAAGCCCAGCCGGGCGGCGGCCCUGCGCGGGCGCUUCAGCCGCCAGCGGCAAAUUUGGUCCGGCUCCUUCGAGCUCGGGGCCUUCCUGGCCAGCUGCAAGAAGGCCCCCCCGGGCAGUCUGAUGGCCAGUGACCGGCCGCCGGUGGCCGGGGCCACGCGGCACCCGGGCGCGCGGCUGUCCCCCGAGCAGCCCGGCAACCACGCCUUCACCCGGUGGAUCCCCCUGCGCCUGGAGCAGGACAAUGUGGCGGCCGCGCGUGCCGGAGCCGACGCCCCCCAGCCCGAGGCGGCGGCGGCGGGCCCCGGUGCCGGCCCGGGCCCGGCCACCGGCGCCGCCCUAUCCGGCCGGCAACGGCGCCGCCACACCAGCGAGGCGGCCCUCAUGCACCAUGCGGUGGAGUCCGGCGCGCUGGGCGUCCCCACCGAUGGGGCCCGGCCCUACUCGAACGCCGAAAUCCAUCGGAUCCUCAAGGCGGCCCACACCACGGACACCAUCGAGGCGCUGGGCUUUUCCCAGGGCUCCUGGAUGGCCAGCGGAGCGGUGGGCGACCUGCCCGAGGCCCGGCUGAUGGUAUCCUUCCACUUGGAGAACGCGAUCGACGUGAGCCAGGACAACUCCCUGGCCCUGAUCGGCAUGGAUCGCCUGCAGGCGCGGCUGUCCACCCGCGGCGGCGGCGGCGGCGGCGGCUCGCACGACGGCCCAGCCGCCCAGGCCCGGAUCCCGGUGGUCCUGCGGCUGCCGGUGCUGGCCAAUGAGCCGGGCUGGAAUGCCGUGUCGCUGGACGCCAUGCUGGCCCGGUCGCCGGUGCAGGCCCUGCCCAUGUCGGCCGGCGGCCAGUGGUCCUCCAGGUCGCCGGGGGUGCCUUCGCCCGCCGGCGGCAGCCCGCCCGGCUCGCCGCCCGCCUGGACCGAUCUCUCCUGGGACCCGACCGCCGGGCUGGAGGACAUUUCCCUGCCGCCGGCCGGCCGCCCCGGGCGCGCCGCCCACAAUGGCGGCCACGACAACGACGACGACGACGACGACGACGACAACUCCAGCUGGACAUCGCAGAGCGACCGCGACCGGGCCGAGGAGGAGCGCGCCGUGCUGGCCUACUUCGAGACCCUGCGCACCGAGCAGGCGGCACGGCACCGCGUUGCCCUGGCCCGGCAGCAGGCCAGCCAGGCGCCUGGCAGCCCGCCGGCCACCGGCGCGGUGUCCUUCGCGCCCUCGCCGGAGGUCCUGUAUCUGGGGAGCCCGCCGCCGCCCAGCCGGGCGCCCCCCCUGCCGAGCACAUUUUACGGGGCACGCCACGGGGAGUUGGUCCGGUCGCCGAGCGCCGGGUCCGUGGGAUCCACCAGCAGCCGGGCCUUCCGAUGGCGGCGCCGCAGCCCCGGCUGA